UGUAAGAAUAGACGCCCUAAGAGAAUCUGAAAGAGAGUUUUAUAAUACAUCCAUGUUUGCAAUCCGUUCGUGGUCCGUUUGUGGUUCUUCUUGCGCGUGUGUAGUGCCGUUUCGUGCUCAUAGAUAAAUGUGUGUCGUGCUGGCAGUACUGCGGCUGAGAUGCGGAGGAGGAGUUUUGGAUCACUUCCUUUCAGUUGACGUUCGUGCUUCCGACGUGCGGGCUCAAUUCAUAGGAAGAAUCCCGUUAUCCGAAAGAAUGUUUUUGAGACCGAAUAAAAAUACCACAUAUGAUCUUUCGAUCGUUUAUACUAUAUUGUAAGGAAUGACAGAGUACCUGCGUUGUCAUAUUUUGGACUUGUUUUUCUUCUUCUUUUGUCCUCCUCCGUUUCCAGCUGUUAUAUAAAGCCCGCAGUCAUACGGAAUGUGGUACAGAAGUGAUUUAGAAGAUGGAUACGAAUCGAACAAAACAGGCUCCAGUGGAGGCGGUUCUCUAGGAUGGGUCUCUGGCCACGAAUCACCGUGGCACAGCAACCCCCCUGGCCCUGGGAACAGUAUCUCUAGUGGGCGCCGACACAGCACAGUGUCUGACAGUGGUGACACUGGAAUUGGCACUUACUGCUCUGACAGCGUGGAAGACGACUCCAGUUCCAGUACCACGCCUUUGUCUUUCCAGCCACUGUACGAGCAUCUCAUGGGCCAGGAUGAUAGUGCCAUUCCUGUUGUCCACGCCAUGCUGUCCCCAUCCUCCUCACCCUACACCAGUUUUAGAAAACCAGCCACACCCAGCAGCACAGGUCGCUGGAGCAGGUCUUGCCAGCGGCUUACGUCAGACAUGUCUCCCCUGGGUGCACCAAGCUGUCUGGAUAUGAAGGACCAUCAGCCCAUCCGGAGGUGGUCCUCUCUCACCAAGUUGUCAACUGGGGCUGAUAAGAGCUCCACUCGGACAUCAGUCGAUCAGUACAACCCAGAUUCACAAGGCUCCUUGGACAGAAGUCUGCUAUAUGGGUACAGAAAACAACCUCAUGGUUCAAACUUGGACCUUUAUCUACCUAUAUCUUCCUCCUUGCUCUGCCAUACCUUGCUGCAGCGCUCACCAGGAGCUGGCCCCUGCUACCGAUACAACCACAGCAGUAGAUCCAAUGGUUUGGAAACAGAUCUGUCCCUUUCCUCAACUCUGUCAUCAUCCGUAAAACACAACAGUCUGGACAUGAACUAUAGUGCUUUACCAGAAGCUAAACUGGUUCGGGGAGGUGCACAGGUUUAUGGCCUCAGCUUACCCAACCAAGCAAACUCAAUGGGUCAUCAGACUGAUAGAGACUCCCCAAUUCAGCCUGCAGUUCGCACCCAGAUGUGGCUGACUGACCAGAUGGAGUACAGGCCCAAAGUAGAGGGUGGAGGUCAACCUGGUCAAAUCAGUGCUACUGGAACAGAGGGCUGUGGUGUAGAUGGGCCGUUGUUAUGUCAACAGGGACAUCAGCAGGAACUAGGGCUUAACCAGAUGCUGAUAGGGGCCUCCCUUCCUGUCAAAACUCUGGUGAAGGUUAAAGAGGGGCUGCUGAGACAGAGAGAACUGGAGAUAGAAAGACAAAAGCAGCAGGUCUUGCAGCUCCAUGCCCGGAUCAGAGAGAAUGAGCUCAGAGCGCAGCAGGUCCUGCAGAGCCAAAGGGGGUGGUAUGACGACCCCCACAUUCAAAAUACUAAGGAAUCAGCACUGAGAACUCCAUCUGAUAGGCUGUGCUGUGAUGAAGAACUUGGUAGGAAGCUAGCAGUGGCUGAACUGGAAGUACUCCAUUUGAAUGAGUUCUUCAAGCAAGUUACACAAAAAUAUACAGAGGACAUCAGAAAACUGGAGGAAAAGAUAAAGACGAGGGAUCGCUACAUCAGUAGUCUGAAAAAGAAGUGUCAGCGAGAGAGCGAACAGAACCAAGAAAAACAGCAACGCAUAGAGACACUGGAGAAAUAUCUUUCCGACCUGCCAACGCUGGAUGAGGUGCAGGCCCAGGCUCAAAAGCAGGAGGAGGUACAGCAGAAUGCCAAGGAUCUGGAGAAAACAGCAUCUCGGUUACAGAAGAGCCUCGACGAAGGAUAUGCUCUGAUGAAGGAGAAAGACAUCAGGAAUGAGAUGCAGGCCAUGAGGGAAAAGGAGUUGAUUUCAUCUGUACAAAGCCUGCAAGAGAAGGUGCAGCACUGUUUGGACGAUGGGGUGAGGUUGCCCAUGCAGGACCUGAAGCGGCUUGAGGUGGAAAACACUCAACUUUUAAAGCAGCAAGACAACAGCAGCAGGCUGAUUGAGCAUCAGAAAGAACAGAUUGAGAGACUGACCUUGCAGCUAACGCAGCGGCAGGUGGAUAAAGGGCUGUUGGUGCAUCCCCUGUCUCAUGUGGAGAUGCCUGAGGUGGGCCGGCUGCUGAAAGAGAUGUCCCUAUGUCUACUGGACCUCCAAGCUCUCUGCAGCAUCCUGGCUCAGAGAGCACAGGGGAAAGAGCCUAACCUGUCUCUGCUUCUGGGCAUGAAAUCAUUGAGUGUUUCGGCAGAGGAGAGUGACUGCACAGUAGCUGUGGAAGAAGAACUGAGGUUCAAGCUGCUGGAAGUCGGCCAGCUCAGGAGAGACAUUGAUGACUUAAGGAAAAGCAUCUCAGACUGCUAUGCUCAGUAGAUGGGUGACAGUUGUCUCUCAUUGACAGCAAAUAUGCUCCAGCUCUGAUGACACUGCUCUAUCCCAGUGUGUGUUUUAAGUUUUACUUUCAUAUACUUCAUAGAUAACUACAUAAAUAAUUACAUUAAUUAUAACUAAAAUUAUAAGGUCCACAACAAUGCAGACUUUCCCAAAACAAUUAUUUUGUGCCAUCUUCACUGUGUGGUUUGCACAUGAUGACAGACAAUGGUAAUGUGUCAUAUACACCAAUCAUAUUGUUCAGCCUACCUCCAUAUAUACACACAUAUGGUUUGCCUUCACACUACAGUUUUGUGUUGGACCCAAGACCAGUUUACAACAACUUUGACAAUAUUUGACGAGAUCAAAAUGUAACAAGACUUCUCGUCGAGGUAGAAAUUAACUUGCGAUAUUGGUCAAAAUAAAUGAGUCGGAAGCAGACUCAUUAAACUUUACUUUUACUGAUAUUGAACACAGAGAAAUGUUCUCUCGCUUGGCUAACCUUUGUUCUCUGAGUAAAGAAUAUUUUUUCAGUCAUAUUUCUUAAUUUAAGUUUUCUUUAAAAUAGUGUUAAAAUCUCGCCUCGUCUCGUUCUCGUGAACCCAAUCUCGUGUCUCGUCUCGUGAGGUGAGUGUCUCGUCACACCCCUACAAUAUACCAAACUCUCUUGGCAAACGGCCUUGGAUCUGGAAAAAAUCUCUAAAAUCAGCCCAUGUCUGAAGACACCUUUCAACACUUUCAUCUACACAGAAUCUACACAACUGAAAGAAAAUGUGUAUUUAUUUGACAAUAGAUCAAAUAAUCUGUCACUUGAUGAACCCACAGAUUAUCAACUUUAACUGUGCAGUUUCACUCAGCUUUAUAGAGCAUUUUAAUCCGUAUCUGCUGGAUAUGUACAAUAAAUAAGUAAGUGUUUAUAUACAGUAUAUACAUAAGGAUAUGUCACUGUUGUAUUUACAGUUUGUUGCGCUGCCCACAAGUAGCCCAAAACGUGUUCAUUUAAUAGUUUAAGGCCUCUGAACACCCACACAGGUGUUUCAGUUAUUCGGGCUGAUUAGACCUCUGCUCAGGUUGAAGGUGCGCCAGAGUUUUGAUAGAAAUGUAUUAGGUUACAAAUCUUCAUCUACCAAUAAUAAUUAUAAAGCUGUCAUUUGUCCUGCCCUAACAGGUGCAAAAAAGCUGACAGGAGACUCAGGAAUUUAUAAAUUACAGUCAUACAGUGAUGGGAAGAGGUUUAAUGAGCUUGAUCAACUGAAAAUGUCUGUGUGAACGUUCAGAGCCUUUAAAUAAAUACUACAACUUCAUUGCUGGUUUAUAAGCCUAAAUAAGCAAAAACAUCAUUUGAAAAGAGCACAUUCAGGCAUAUUCAGAGUGAUUGUGGUAAUGGGAUCUCGUGCACCUCUCUUGGUGCUGGAUACCGAAAUGCAUAUUAGACCUUCAUACGUUAGAUAACUGUUGGAAACUCUUAUCUCUGUGAAUUUAAAUGUCCUAAUAAGCAAUAUGAAUUGUGCAGAUGUGCUGUUAACCACCUGAUUAAAGUCAACCAUACGACUCUGAAAAUCAAUGAGCAGAUGUUUAAUUCACUAAUGACUCAUCAGGUGAUACUCAGCUGUUUGUGACACCAAAAGUAAAUGAAAGAACAAUGCAGGAGUGGUUAUUUGUACAGACAUCACAUUUAUUUAGCAUAAUGUUGUACAGUAUAUAAAUUGUCACGUUUAAUGCUUAUUGUUUCCAAUUACCCUUGGUAAAUCUUGCAGCCAAAGAAGCUGAAACUUUGAGUAAACUGAAACAGCACAUGCACUUUUUGGUAAUUUUGUCUUCUGUGAAACCAUACAGGGCGGAGAAUUAAAUAAUUCCGCUACCAAGCUUGAUUCACAUCAAACAAACAACCAAACAAACAAUCAGACAUGUUUUGUCUGAAUGGUUUGGUUUGAAACAUUUAAGUACUCUCACCAACCAUGACAAUCCAAACCAAAGGUCUGUUUUGAUUGUCCUAAUUGGUGUGUUCAAUCCACCUGUAGAUGUUGCAACAAGCCACCAGAUGGCUUGUUUCUCUGUAUAACAAACUACUCUUUCUUUAAUAUUCUUUUAGUUUUACUGCCAACAUGUAUGAAUGCCAAAAGUAUGUUUAUAUACAGUGAUGUUUUUUUUGCAAUAUGAAGGUUUGAUCUUAUUUGUUCAGAUGGCAAAUAAAAUUAUUUUUGUAAGGUUG